GGCUAACUACCAUUAAACCCCUUUAGCGACACUAUUCUUGAGUUUAGUUUUGUGACCUCGUCCAGCGAUAGAUAAAUGGUCACUGAGAUUAAUUUAUUAGCUCGCUAACAAACUGUUUCGGCGAAUGAGAUUUACGCCUCCGCGGCCAGCACCACGGUAACGUCAGCUAGCUCGCUGGAUGAGUGCUGGCUAGGACGCUAGCUAGUUAGCUAAGGCUAACAAGCUAAGUUUAAUUUAACAGCUUUUACAGGUGAAGCUCGGCUGCUGCAUGAGCAGCUUCAGUUGCUAGUCUGUACUGUCGGUAAGAAGUCGUUGAUACAGUACAAUGUGACUCAUAGCAAAAGCCGGUGAGUGCACAGCUUGCAAAUCAGCCGUUUUUUGUCAUUAAGGAAUCAGCUGUCGGCAUUUUUAGCUAAACUUUACCACAACAGUGACAUUAUCAGAAUGAGCAGUGUUGUAUUCUCUCGCUGCCUUUCCUUUCGCGCGAUCUUGGUAGUUAGCUGAGUUUAUCUACGCGACGAAAACACUGGCUAUUUCAGCUCAUUAUUAGUACGACUGAAGCGGCGAACAGCUGGUUACUGAAGCUUAAUCAACGUCGUCCCUCCUCCCGCAUUCACCAGCCAACCUCGUCUCUGUGUGUGUUUUUUUUUUCGGUUGUGUGUAGGGGACAUGACAGGGGGCAUCUCCCCUAAGAGAAGACUGUGACGGGUUCACUGAGAAACUGCUGACUGCGGGAGAGUGAAACAUGCUCGAUUUCACCACCACAUCCAGUGGAAAUAUUCCUACCCCGGAGCGAAGCGGAGCUGACUGACUGGAGCGGCUCGAGUGCGGAGAAGAAGAGGCGAUUUCAGCCUUUUCGGAGCACGACCCCGGGGCUGUUCACUGUGUUGGCACAGUCGAGAGAAAAUGAAGCCGCGGCACCUUUCCUUUAUAUCUGUGGUCAUAUAAUCAUUUUUAAAAACGAAGCUAAAAAGGGGGUCACACUUAUCAAUCGUACCCAGCUCUGGCUAAGGUAGGUUAACGUUAGCGUUAGUAACGUUAACAUUCUCAUGACACGAGCUCAAGAUGACGGUGGAAAACUCUACAAUUAAAAACCGGAUUAAAAACCUCCUCCGGUCUCCUUCAAUCAAACUAAGGAAAAAUAAAGGCGGAAACAACAAAGAAAGCCUAGGAAAUAAGGUCACUCUUGAGAAGGUUUUGGGAAUUACAACUGCAGGGAACCGUGCUUUGGCCUGUGACCCUCGCUCAGGUUUGGUCGCCUACCCAGCAGGUUGUGUGGUGGUGCUACUGAACCCCAAGAAGAACAAGCAGUAUCACAUUCUCAACAACUCAAAGAAAACCAUCACCACUCUAGCUUUCUCACCAGAUGGCAAAUAUGUGGUCACAGGCGAGAGUGGUCAUAUGCCAGCAGUGCGUGUGUGGGAUGUGGUGGAGAGGACUCAGGUUGCGGAGCUGCAGGAGCAUAAAUACGGCGUGGCCUGUGUGGCCUUUUCUCCCAACAGCAAGUACAUUGUCAGCGUGGGCUACCAGCACGACAUGAUCGUCAACGUCUGGGCCUGGAAGAAAAAUGUAGUGGUUGCUGCCAACAAAGUGUCCAGUAAAGUGACGGCCGUAUCGUUUUCCAAUGACAGCUCCUACUUCGUCACAGCAGGGAACAGACAUGUGAAGUUCUGGUACCUGGACCAUGCAAAGUCCUCCAAGGUCAACGCCACAGUGCCGUUGCUGGGCCGUUCUGGGCUGCUGGGAGAACUCAGGAAUAACUUCUUCAGUGAUGUAGCCUGUGGCAAGGGCCGGAAGGCUGACAGCACCUUUUGCAUCACCUCCUCAGGCCUAUUGUGCGAGUUUAAUGACAAGAGGCUGCUGGAUAAAUGGGUGGAGCUCAGGAAAAACGACAGUAUCGCAACUGGCCUGGCCACCUCUCUGUCUGUGACGGAGGAGCUAAUUUUCUGUGGCUGUGCUGACGGAACUGUGAGAGCAUUCAGCCCGACCGAUCUGCACUUCAUCUGCACUCUUCCUCGCCCGCACAGCCUUGGCACUGACAUAGUCACUGUCACAGAGGCCAGCCACCUCUUUGCUUACAAUGUGGACGCCCGGUAUCCUGAUACAGUGGCUGUGUCCUAUGACCCCGCCAACCGGUGGCUGUCCUGCGUUUACAACGAUCACAGUCUAUAUGUGUGGGAUGUCCGUGACCUCCGAAAAGUGGGCAAGGUCUACUCUGCUCUUUACCAUUCAUCGUGUGUGUGGAGCGUAGAGAUGUACCCGGAGAGCAGUGAUGUGGAGCAGUUGUGUCUCGCUCCAGGAUCGUUCCUCAGCUGUUCUUCUGACAACACCAUCCGCCUGUGGAACAUGGACACACACAGUGCCACACUGAACCGCAAUGUCAUCAGCACUGACCUCCAGAAGAUCAUUUACAUGGAUGAUAGCUUUACAACCAUGCUGGACACAGACUGCACCAUCUCUAGCAACUCAGAAAAGGCUGAUCCACAGACCUCGGAGAACAGGACAGGCAUUAGGACCAUGUGUGUUAGUCCAGACGGACAGCACCUGGCAUCAGGGGACCGCAACGGAACACUGAGAAUCCAUGAGCUACAGAGCAUGGAGGAGAUUCUGAACGUGCAGGCCCACGACUCUGAGAUCCUGUGUCUGGAGUAUUCAAAGCCUGAGACGGGUCUAAGGCUACUGGCCACAGCAAGCAGAGACAGGCUGAUCCACAUUCUGGACGCAGAGUGUGAGUAUGGCCUGCUGCAGACACUGGAUGAACACUCAUCUUCUAUCACUGCAGUGCGCUUCGCUGCAAACGAUGGCAAAAUCAGAAUGAUCAGCUGUGGUGCUGAUAAAAGUAUCUAUUUUCGGACUGCACAGAAGACUGAUGAAGGAACUGUGUUUACACGCACCCACCAUAUUGUGAGCAAGACUACCCUCUAUGAUAUGGUUAUUGACCCUACACGCAAUUAUGCUGCUAUUGGCUGCCAGGACCGCAGCAUCAGGAUCUUUACCAUCAGCAAUGGCAAGCAGAAGAAGAUCUAUAAGGGCUCUCAGGGGGAGGACGGAACCGUUAUUAAGGUCCAGACAGACCCCUCUGGUCUCUACGUGGCUACCAGCUGCUCUGACAAAAACAUCAGUAUCUUUGACUUCUACACUGGCGAGUGUGUGGCCACCAUGUUUGGGCACUCUGAGAUUGUAACUGGAAUGAAGUUUACCAAUGACUGCAAGCACCUGAUCUCAGUGUCAGGAGACAGCUGCAUUUUUGUGUGGAGACUGAAUCCCGAGCUGACCAUCAGUAUGAGACAGCGACUGUCUGAUCCAAAACAGAAGUGCAAACCUGUCCAGAAGAGCCCACCUAACAAACAUAACACCGUCAGCACUAGGAGAGAUGUGCACAGUGCUCCCCCCAUAGCUACCAUGUCCUCUGACAGUGAUAAAGAGGCAGAGGAGGAAGAGGGUAUAGAAGAGGAAGAUGAAGACAACUUUCCUCACUUGUCUUCAGGCAGCAGCACAGGGGAGGAGAAUGGAUCAUCAGAGGAGAAACACAACUCUGUCAAUUCCUACAUCAGAGAACCUCGCAAGCGUUCUGAGAGCAGUUCAACAUGUGAGGGCUCAGGCCCGAGACCAAGGCGCCGCUGGUCCAGGCGGAUAGGCAGUGUGGACCUUGUGGUGAAGUCCAUGCUGGACCUGAGGCAGCUGGAGUCCUUUGCUGGGCCCUCCUCACCAAACAAGAGCUCCGCCCUCACCAGAGAGUCUCCACUGCCCUCAGACCUGGAGCUAGGCAGCACCAACAGUGUGCAGACCAUCGCAGCAUGGGUGGCAGAGCCAGAGGAGCAGGACUCCUCUGUCUUGAGAGGACACUCACGGCCAGAUUACAUCCAGCUGCUCCCUCAAAGCCCCGACUCGGAGCCUGUGGUGCUAUAUCCUGAGGGCUACGAGGACAGGGUCAGUCUCGCAGGCAGUGAGUACCAGGUGAAAGAGUUAGCUUAUGGAGUGAGGCUGCCUAAAGGAAACUCCUGCCCAGAAAAACAGAGUCCUGACAGUGCCUGUUCAAUGGAUUACUCCAACAGCCGCCUGUCCAGCCCUGAGCAUCCUGGAGAGGACUCAGAGCCCACUGAGCCAUUGAGCGUAGAUGGGAACUCGUCUGAGUUGGACAUUGAAGACCUAGAUGAGGAAGAGGACGAUAGUUUGAGGAAAAGUGAGACCAAGACCUCUGUACCUCAGACCCCAGACCAGGAGGCCUUCCUCAAGACACACUUUGGAAACCUGACAGACCUCAACACCUCAGCGAGCCCAACUCAAGUAACUCCAAACUUCACUGACAGUGUCAGUAUCUCAUCUAAGUUCCUCUCUCAGAGCUCCUCUGGCUGUCGGCAACCCUUUCCAUUCCCUUCGAAUAAAAGCAGUGAGAGUAAGGCUGCUAGUGGAGUGGUGCGUCCCCUGGUGUCUGAGGUGCGCCCCCUGAUGGAGGACAGGGUGCAGAGUGUACAGCAAGAGCCCCGCAGCUCUGAGAGGACCCCAGGUCUGCGCGUAACCCCACAGAAGCGUGUCUCUUCAGCAGACUCCCGCAAAGUAACUAGCCCUGUCGCAAAAGCUGCUGCUGGUUCUCAGGCUAACUCAGCUGGCAUGAGGAAAGCCCAGUCUAUACAUAACAUCUCCUCAGACGCCGAUACGUCCACACGUCCCCCUAAGGAGGCUCCGCAGCCCCAGCAUUACGAGCGUGGUCUGCCCUCUGGGUCACGCCGCACUCUUCCCAGCGUGCCUCUCUCCAGCCCCUUGUCUCCCCAGCCCAGGGACUGUCCCACACCUACUAGGUCCAAGCCCCGCUCCUACAUGAGCCCCACCACCAGCUCCAUGGCCAAGAUGUCCCGCUCCGUAUCCAUGGGGGACAGCCUGAAUGUAGGCGAGUUCGGAGAGACUUUUCCCUCCUCAGACUUCCGCCGUGGCUCAGAUAUUACCAGCUCACGAAGUGUCUCUCAGAGCAAGCCCUCCUCUCCUAUAAUCCUGCCACCUUACUCAUCUGGCACUUCUACCCCCCAUGCUGCUGUUAUGCCCACUCUAAGUGGUGGCUCCUCACCCAAAGGCCUCCAGGCCAAAGUGACGGGCAGUGCCCGUCCACAGCUAAACCUGGACAUCUCCAAACCUCUUCCAGAUAAGCCCUCCAUUAACUCCUUUUCCCCCAAUGGCAAGACAUCCAAGCUUGACCAGAAAGAGGAGCUCUGCAGCAGGACUCCAGUGAGUGUGUGUCCGCUGCCUGGACCAGGACCAGCCCCAGUCCAGCCUCUCUCUGACAACAUGCAGCCAGUCAUGUGCGUGAAGUCCUUUGAGGCCAGGCCCCCAGAGCAUUGUCAGUUUGGUCUCAAGCAGCCUGAGGAGCAACUGCCAGAGCAGAUCCAGAGAGCACCUCCAGAGCCAGUGCUGGAGGAGACAAAGGCUGAGCGUCCCCUUCAGGGUCAGGGUAGCCUGGUGCGUCUGCAGCCCACCAGCGGAGCUCACGAUUCAGGUUUGCUGGGAUACCACUCCUCCCUCGUUCUCUCAUCUGUGCCGCUGCGUCUGGGUCUGCCCAAGCACUUCUUUACCAGUGGGCUCUGGCCCCUCUCUCCCUCCGUCUCUUCCAUCACUUCCUCCAUGUUCUCCACUUCACCCUGUCCAUCCAUUAACCAUUACCAGCUGAAGGACACCUCUCUCAGUGUGGACUCAUGCCGACUGGUGGCUAGUGAACUUCAGAGUAGUUUCAAAAGGGCCUCUCACCUCUACAGGAUGCUGAGCAGUUCUACAGACUCCACUCAGGAGCAGCAGGAAAUGGCUCGAGUGUUGACAGAGGCAUUCGAUGCAGUACGGACUGAGCUGAACUCGCUGCCCUGCUCCAACAGCAGCUCCUUGUGCAUGCUGGGCAGCAGGGUAGCAGGCGUGGGAGAUGAUCGGACGCUGGCUCUACUGGAGCAGUAUUCUCAGCUCCUCCUCAGGGCCGUGGAAAAGAGGAUGGACAGUAAAAUCUGACAGACUCUUUUAGUUCCUUUUCUUUGGAUCAGAGCACUGAGGCUGAGGCCAGAUCCCAGGCCAUGACUCUGCACAGGUUUCUUUUAACAGGAGUUUUUUAAAUUAACAGAUUAAAAAGAAGUUCCAGAAAUCAGGACUGUAUGGAUUGUUGUUUGCUUUUUUUAAAGAGUGGAAAACUUCUUCUUUCCUUUGGACUAGUUAGUGUUCAGUGGUGGGCACAAGGAGAAUUUGUGAUUAGUGUGUCGUAUCUUUACUUACAUACUGAUGAUGGCCAGGCUCUGUCCAUCAGGACUGCAGAGAAUUCAGCAUGGCCAGAAUGCACUACAGACUUUAACCUCACCGCCCUACCUCCCUUUUUAGCAGGCUUUUGCGUGCACUCUCCACUCCUCCACCUCAUUGCCAAAUAUUGUGCCCUUUUACUUAACAGUACAUCUGGAUGUUUGUGGAUAGGAGUGAUGACGGACUGUAAAAAGACUCAUGUCUUGAGGGAGGUGAGAUUUGCUUGCUUGUUACAGCUUCUAAAUGACAAAUGGACUCUCCUGACUCACCAGACUUUGGCCACCACCUUGAAGAUGGACUUUUUUUUUUUUUUUUGCUGAGUAGAUCUCUAAGCAAGUGACAGUUGUUUUUCAGAACUUUAUAGAAUGCUCCCUCUCAGAAGGAAUCAGUCUUCUUUACUUGUCUUAAAAGCCAGAUUUUGUUCCUCAUUUAUAUCUUGAGGAUGUUUUAUAAUGUAUGUUGUGUUUGUUGCAGAUGUGUGACUGUAUUUAUUCUCAUGUGAUGGGUCAAUAGCUGGGGUUACUGAUCCCCAAAUAGUAUUGUACAGUGAGUGUAUGUACUGAUCCUGGAUACCCCUAGUGUCAAUAUGGUGCCAGUGGAGUGUCACGAGAAAGACAUCUGCUUUAGAGAGGAAACAAUAUAAUGAGGAGUUUCUAACAUGAAUGCAUCCAAAUGUCAUGCAUGAUUUUGAAGGACAGUUUUGUACACGCUUGAGACUUCUUUUGUACUUAAAAUCGACAUGGCAAAUGUUUGAAGAAUGUGGGUGCCUUAAUUUCUAACCAGCAAUUUGUUGUUUAAGGUUAAAUCUCAAGACGUUUCAUUUUUUGAAUGCUGUUUGGAUGCUGUCUUCCUCACUGUUAUGCAUUCCAGACAGUAAAUUUAGACUCAACUGCCAUAGAAAUAGAAUAGAGACAGAAAAUUCUGGUGAUACAGAUAGGGACCUCACACCCUGCUGCAAAACAUUAAAAUGACCCUCUAAUCACCAAAAUACAAAAUUACCACUAUAUCUGGCCCUGUUUCUCAGGUUUCGAUUAAGCCUACACUGUAUGGCAUUUUAAUGAAAUAUAAUUUCACACUUCACACUGGGCAAUUCCACAAUUUCUGCAUAAUUAAAUUGUUAGGAUAUAAAGUCAUUCAGAGUAAUUUGAAGUGAAAUACUUUAUUCUAGAGAAACUUCAAAUUACGUUAGGCACAUUUUCCUAUAGUACACCAUUUCAAAUCAAAACACUCUGAAUAACUUUGUUUACAUCUCAUCAGUUGAAUUAUGCAGAACUUGUAGAAGUUGGAAUAUUUGUAAAUUGGUGGAAUUCCCCUUUAAGUGUACCUAAAUCCCUGAGACUAGUUUAUGAGACACUACGUCUAGGCUGAGAUGUUUUUCUAGCCGCUGGCACAAACUUCCUCCUUUUUCUUAAUGAUAAAGCUAAUAAUGUGCACUUUCAUUCUAGAAUAAUAGUAAUUAAGGUGAUAGGAUUUUGAUACUGUAGAAAUACUGUAUUUCUAUUGGACCUAUGUGUACUGUAUACUGUUUUGACUUUCUCAUACUGUUACAGAAUAUGGUGCUUGUGCUCAGUACAGCUAUCAAAGCACUACAAAACUACUUCAACACAAUUUUCUCUAUGCCCAAAAGAAAGCACUAAUCUGAAGCAGCAGUCUCCAACCUUGGUUCUGGAGAGCUACCUUCCUGCAGAGUUCCACCCUGUAUCCAGUAAGCUGCUCCACCUCUUAAUUAACUCAUACAUCUGAUCCAGCCGAUCAGGGACCUGGGAGGAAGUUGAUUCACUGGAGCAGGUGUGUCAAAACGGCGUAGUUCUUCAAGAAGACAGUUCUCCAGGAUGUAGGUUUGAGACCUCUGAUCAAACCCAAACAGUCCCAAUCCAGUCCAGCCUCAAUAAUAUCCUCUGCUGGUUGAGAGGAGUCUUCAGUUUAAGCUGUAUUGGCAAACAUCUGCUUAAUCUCAGUCAUACAGUGAUGAGUAAAUUGACUAUUCAGGUGUCAUAAUUUUGAUCUCCAACAUUCUUCGUUUGUCACUUACAGUACAAAAAGUGCAAUUGUAAACAAUUUUAACAUGAACAUAUUGAUAUGCAUGAGCCCAAUAAUAGCAAAUAAAUGAGCAAAUCUUUCGUUCAAACUUAAGUCAAUCAAGUAAGCAUAUUAAUCACCUGAGAAUGAACUGAAGAUGUAGGAUUGUAUUUAAAGCCAGUGGUAGGAGAGUUAGUUUACUGCUAGCAUGAAUAUACUCUGUAUGCAUGAAGAGCGAUGGAUUUUAGGGCUGACCUGUUUGCUGAACUAGAAUGCAUGGUUGUACAUUUGACUUGCCUCAUGAACAAUCAUUUGAUGCUUGGCCAUUAGUGCUACCUCUGUGGCUACUGGCUCUCUUCUCAUCUCCUGUAUGGGCAAUGAAUCAUGUAGGCUAACACUAAAAGUGGGCCAGAGGGUUAUAAGACUGUUUCUCAUUAGCUUGUUUGCCAAACUUAUGGCUUGUUUGUUUUGCACCACUCCUAAAUUAUGUUUUUAUUCUAAGUGUUCUCUGACAAAAAAAAAUCUCAUGUGAAUAAAGCUGUAUUUAUUAUA